AUGACUGAAGAACGGCCAGUCGUAGUAAACUCGCUGAUUUGUUUUCUGAAUAACUACAGAGACGAGGCCAACCUGGAGAGGUUAUUGGACUACUUCUCGGCCGACGCUCAUCGAGUUGCUUAUCAGACUCUGCUCGACCUGAUACCUGACAAACUCAAAUUGGAAGAGAAGCCGAGUCUAAUCAGAUUAUUCGAUCUAGUCAACAACAACCCCAAAUCCCCGAUCUUUACGGCAUCUGAUCUAACCGUUCUUCCCUUCAACCUCAACUACGAACGCGCUCCUAAGAUGUCCAAUGAUCUGUUCAACAAGAUCCAUCAGUUCCGGCUUAUUGUGCAGAAUGCAAUCGACCGCAACGACGAUGAUAUGAUGUUUUUACCAAGGUAAGGAUACCGUAAUGUUCCCUCUUGAUUUUAAAAUGCGGGAGAAAGAGGUGAUAGGAAAUGGAAAGGACCUUGAGCACACAAGUCGAGGGUUAAAAUAAGGUUGUGGUUGUACUUAACAAACUGCUGAUGCGAUCAGCAGAUAAGGUCGGCGGAGGGAACGGAGAUGGAGGGCAGCGAGGAGGCAAGGUUAAUCAUUUUUGUAGUAAUAUUUAUUAUAAUUAGGAUCUGAAAUAUUAGUCGCAUUAAAAGGUCGGAAAUUGUAAUUGUUUCAAAAACGGAAAAAGAGAAACAGACGCUCAGGUGCACUCUUCUUUCCUCAGGUCGCCGCCAAUCUCCGUCCUCCUCUCGCUCUUACCGUAAUCCUCAAAUGCCGCAAAUUGUUAGGUGAGUGGUGGAAAGAUGGAUUUAAGAUGCAGCCGGAAUUUAGUCAUAUCUGAUCGUACAAUUUUUGGAGUAACGUCACGACCUUCUCAUUAACGUUGUGUUGCGAAAACAAUAUAGGAAUUGCGACAAUGCUUUCCCUCAAGACAACAAUGCAUCAGUGUUAUACUAUGGCCUCAAAAAUCGAGCUUGUGCCUCGCUUUCAACUUUUUGAAUGGAAUCUUGACUCAUUUUUGAAGCAAUAUAACGGAAUCCAUUGUAAUUUUAGACAAUCGCAACGACAAUAUCCUCAGUCCUCUUCGCCUAAGCAUGACCAAUAUACUGAUGAGGAGGCAAUGUCUUCACCCUCUUCCGAGGCCGCUCAUUCACAAUCUAAUCAUCCCGCUAGUCCAUCCUCCAGUCAGUUUCAUGUUGAUGCUCUUCUUGGUUCCCAACUAGUCAAGAAGAAGAGUGAGGGAAACAGAUUGGAUCAAGCCGUUCGAAGGAUCACUGAUCGAUUGGGAGCCAAGUUGGAGAAACCAGAAAGCCGACCAACCAGUACCAGUAGUUCUCAGGGCGCUGAAGACGAGAGAAUGUCGAACGAUAACUCUUCGUCUACCUCCAAUCAGAAUAACAGGAAAUGUGACCUUUUGAAUAAUAACAACAACAACACUAUUCCCUCCAAUUUCAUGGCCUUAUUGCCGCUUCUUCGGAAUCCUGCUAUGACGGCCCAUCUUCAAUUCCCGGUGAAUGCUCAGAAUCCAGUUCCCCUUCAAUUAAUGAAAAACUGGGCUAUAAACUUUCAUCAACAAAUUCAGAAUCAAAAACAAAGUGAGGAGACCGAGUAAGUGUAAUAUUGUUGUCAAAUCUCCCUUUUCUCUGCCGUUUCUCUCUUCUGCGGCCCUUUUCUCGACUUAAAUUAGGGCAAGUGGUUGGCAUCGGGAAGAAUGGGAGAUGGAUGGAUCGCCUUUGAUCACCCUUACCUUGAUAACCCUCUUCAACUCUUCCUUAACAAACUCUCGCCGAACCUAAUUAAAUGGGAUAUAACACUCGCCAUUCUUUCAGAUCUGAGGAUAUUUCCGUGGACACUCCAGAUGAAGCGGAUUCCAAACCAGGCGCACAGCUCAGUCCAAUCUCAUCAGAAUCAAGGACAACGGAUGAGAACCAAGAAAAGCCAUUCGCCUGCAUGCUGCCUACUUGUAAAAAACGAUUUGCCAACAAAUUUUUGUUGAAGAAACAUCAAUUCAUUCAUACUGGUCUCCGGCCUCACGAGUGUCCUUAUUGCAAGAAACAGUAAGUAUCUUGAGGCUAUAGAAUAAUUUCUGCAAUUGUUUUAAACGUGGAGCUCUGGUUUCGAAAUUACUAUAUAAUUUGUAAACUUUCGUGACAUAAUAACCGAAGUUGCGCAACAACACGCAAAAGUUUAUUUUCGGAAUUAAAAAUCACUGCGCAAUGAUAAAAACGAGGGCGCUUUACACAAAAUUGUAAAAGUAAUAACGAGGGUUUGUUUGCAGGUUCAACCGGAAAGACAAUCUCCUCAGACACAAGAAGACACACAUCAACAACAGCAUGUCGUAUUCAGGAAGAAGACGACAGAAUAUGUUGUAUGGAGUGUCGGAGGAGACAGCAUCCAGGCUAAACAACUUCCCCUUCCUCAGCGAGCUUAUGACUCAACACGUUGAUUCCAAUGAUAAUAUUGCAAUGAAUUAG